ACUGGAUGUACAUUGUAUAGCUUUGUAAAUUGUACAUGUGGUUCAAGCAUUGAGCUUUGAUUUAGUUUUCGCACUCACUUACAAUUUGGAAUAAAUAUUGCUUAGCAGCAAAAUUAUAACGGAUCAAACUUAUUUAUAAAGUUAAAGAUUUCACGUUACAUUUUGCUUCCAGUAUUCAACCAUGACUGAAGAAAAAGAAGUACCGACUGAAAGUAAUGGGCAAGAAAACAAUCAGAGCGAGGGAAGUGAAGAGAUUACAGAACUUGAAAAUUCUAUAAUUCGUCAAGUGGAAUAUUACUUUGGUGAUUCAAAUUUGCCUAGAGAUAAGUUUCUUCGAGAUCAAGUACUGCUUGAUGAUGGAUGGAUACCCUUAGAUAUACUCCUUAAGUUCAAUCGUCUGGCUAAGCUGUCGGAGGAUCAUGACGUUAUUGUUAAUGCCCUUGGUAAAUCAAGAUCUGGCCUGUUGGAGAUUUCAGAUGACAACAAAAAAGUCCGUAGAAACCCUGAAUUGCCAGUGCCAGAGAUGAAUGAAGAACGGAGAAAGGAAUUGACUGCUCGCACAGUCUAUGCCAAGGGAUUUCCAAAAGAUGCUCUUCUGGAUGAUAUACUAAAAUUCCUAAAACAAUUUGAAGAAGUUGAGAAUGUUAUCAUGAGAAAAUAUCAAGAUAGGCAGACUAAAAAUAAGAUUUUCAAAGGAUCUAUUUUCGUUACCUUCAAGACUAAAGAGCAUGCUACAAAAUUAAUUGAGACUAAGGGCUUAAAGUAUAAUGACACAGAGUUAUUAAUACUUUGGCAAGAUAAUUAUUUAAAGCAGAAACAAGAAGAGUAUGCUGCUCAUAAGGAAAAGAAACAGAAAAAAACACAAAAAGGCGAGGAGAAGGGUGAAAAGGAUGAUUUCAAACUUCCCACUGGCACAGUAUUGUUCUUUAAUGAGGGUAGUGACAACCUAACUCGAGAGAAAAUAAAGGAUGCUCUAACGUCAUUAGGUGGUGAAGUAGCAUAUAUUGAUUUUAACCAAGGCGACACACAAGGUUGGGUGCGAUUGAGCAAAGAAAAUGCAGCAAAGGAGCUCUCCGAAAAAUUCACAGAUGGAAAAGUCAAAAUAGAUGAGAAAGAAAUCCCAUUCAAGUUGCUUGAAGGUGAUGAAGAAACGGCAUAUUUAGAAAAAACUGUUGAAGAAAUGGCCAAACGCCGUAAAAACAUGAAAAACUUUAAGAAUAGAGGAAAUAACAGGGGAAAGAACUUUAGAGGAAAGGGUAGGAAACGGAGGCAAGAGGACUACGGUGGCGGCCCUCCGUCUAAAGUUAAAGCUGAUAGUUAAAUAUAAUAUUUAAACAUCUUUGAAAGGUUAUUUUUAGUGGUGAUUAGGGAGCUUUCAAGUAUUACGUAACGAGUUUUGGAGGGGGGGGGGGGUAUCCUUUUGUAAAACGUUACGAUAUAAAGAGUCAGUAGGUGGUCACGAACGUUUAACUAUUGGGUACUGAAAACGUUACGGCGCGUUACAGGGGGGGGGGGGGGGGGGUCAAUAAUCUCCAAAUAUUGCGUGACGUAAUACUUGAACGCUCCCUUACCUAUAAGGAUACUAUUUGUGUACAUUUUAAAUUUGUAAUUUAAAAUAUAACUUCUUCGAUAUUAAAGUUUAACUUCCUAUGUUAUAUCUUUAAUAGAAUAGGUUUGUAUUACUAUUGAAAUUGCUUGUACAGAACUUGUACUUGCGUUGCCGCGAUUUCUGAAGUACUUAUAUAUUUCACUCGUAUCACUAUAGCCGAUAUGUGAUUAGCGUUGCUAGCAAGUCCUAUUAGUAUUUAAAAAAUAGUAAUAGAACUUAUUAUCAAAUCAAAACCCAAUAUUCAUUAAAUAGACUCUAAUUCUAGUUUAAAUAUUUGAGUCGAGUUCAGGUUGCAAAAUAGAUCUUUUAACUAUUAUUGUAUCUUGCUGGCCAAAAUAUAAAAAAAAUUAAUCCAUGUAAAAUACUUAUAUUUUGUGUAAUAAUAAAGUUUUGUAAAAUUAA